AUGUCGUCCGACUCAUUGUGGAUACCGUUUUAUGCCACUGCGACAUCCAUUGGCGCGUUUGUUGUCCAUUCUCUCUGGCUCCGAGCGAAACACUGGAAGGGUCCGGUGGAAGACGACGAUAACCGCCAAUCCACAGCUAAAUCCCUUUCCGAACAUGUCCAGCAACAUGGCGGCAUGACGAUAUUCGGCUUCAAUGCAGCACGUCUCGUUACAACUCUCGUCUUGUUAUGUCUCUCGAUAUUUUCGCUUGCGUUGGAUUCAGAGCAGGAGGGGAACAAAAGUGGAGGCGCUUUCGCGGGCAUGGCGGUCAGCGGAGCACACUGGGUGAUGACCUGGACCUUUUUUUACGCGUCGAUUAUGACCAUCCUCACGCUUGUGACGUCUCCGGAAUCGAGUCGUCUGGCCGUCAAGCAUCUCAACUUGGUCUUAUUCCCGACCUUUUGCGUCUUCUUUUAUCGGGACAUAUACCCACUGUUGACGUUGAAGCUGCAACCCCUUGAUGCCGCCGAAGGCUUACUUCUCUGGAUCAAGCUCACCUUGCUAUUUGUUGUGGCGGUUGUAAUUCCGAUUACAGUACCUCGAGAGUACAUUCCUGUCGAUCCAAAGAACCCAUUCCCGCCAUCGCAAGUCACUCCAGAGCAGACCGCGUCCAUACUGUCUAUCGCGGUAUACUCAUUCCUCGACCCCAUCAUCUUUCUUGGUUAUCGUGUGCCGCACCUCAGCUAUGACCAACUCCCCCCGCUGGCCGACUACGACCAUGCAAAAAACCUCAAAAAGCACGCUUUCCCUUAUAUGGAUGUUUUUACCAACAAGAGAGGACAUAUCUUCUGGCAGAUUCUGUUGACCUUCUCUGGGUCUUUUGUGUUGAUGGCUGUUGCUCUUCUCAUUCAUGGGUUCGCUGGGUUCAUUUCGCCAAUCGCGAUGAACAGACUACUCAACUACUUGGAAGGCUCUUCAGAAGGGUUUCUCAUGAAGCCUGGGUUCUGGAUCCUUUUGCUUCUUCUCGGCCCUGUCAUUAACUCACUUGCAUUCCAAUGGUUCAUCUUCGAAUCGACUCAUGUCGCCAACCAAUCGACAUCCAUUAUCACGCAACUUGUUUUUGAACACGCUCUGCGUAUUCGCGUCAAAGCAGACGUUAACGACAAGAAUAAAGACUCCGCCAGCGAUAGCGACAAAAAGCCAUCGAAAAAGACAGACCAAGACAGCAGUCUACUCGGAAAGCUGACCAAUCUCGUAUCCAGCGACCUCCAAAUGAUCAACGAGGGACGGAAUGUGAUGUUUCUGGUGGUUUUGGUGCCGAUCCAAAUCAUUGGCUCCGUCUUCUUCCUCUACCAGGUGCUGGGAUGGAGUGCAUUUGUCGGCAUGGCAGUCAUGGUGGCAUUGCUCCCCGUGCCAGGAUACAUCACCAAGUUGGAGCAAACUGCUCAAAAGGCGACACUCGAAAAGAAGGAUGCCCGUGUACAAACUGUCACAGAGAUUCUAAAUGUCCUUCGCAUGGUGAAAAUGUUCGGGUGGGAGAAGCAGAUGGAAGGGAGAAUCGAGGAGAAGCGCGAAGACGAACUCAAACAACUGUGGAAGCGCAGGAUGCUUGAUCUUUUCAGUAAUCUAGCCAACUCAUCCAUGGCUGUCUUCGACCUCCUUCGGAAUCAACUGUUCUUCUCCUUCUACACCCUUUCGGUCGCUGUGAACGCAAAAGUCUCUCUGGAUCGUCUCAAUGACUUUUUACACAAAACCGAACUUCUCGAUUCCCUUGGCAAGUCAACUCUGGACGAAGACCGACGAAUCACCGCAGGUGUCCCAGCUUCGAACAGUAUCGGAUUCAGAGACGCUACAUUUUCCUGGUCUGCGGAUGAGGCCGAGGUCGAUGGAACAGUGACUCCCUCAAGCCGUCGAUUUUUAUUGAAGAUCGAGGGAGAAUUAUUAUUCAAACCAGGAGUGGUCAAUCUGAUCAUUGGACCUACUGGAUCGGGCAAAACUUCGUUGUUGAUGGCUCUACUCGGCGAGAUGCAUUUAGUCCACUCAUCUCUGACCUCAUGGCACAAUCUCCCUCGAGGCAAAGGUGUUUCAUAUGCUUCUCAAGAAAGCUGGGUUAUCAAUGAUACCAUCAAGAACAAUAUCUUAUUCAAUGCCCCUUAUAACGAGGCUCGUUACAAGAAAGUGCUAAAUCAGUGCUGUCUCGAGCGAGAUCUCGAACUCUGGCAGGCCGGGGAUGAGACUGAAGUGGGUGAGAAGGGUCUGACAUUGAGCGGCGGCCAAAAGGCCCGCGUCACUCUCGCUCGUGCCAUUUACUCGGACUCUGCGAUCAUCUUAUUAGACGACAUUCUCGCGGCACUCGAUGUUCAUACUGCGAAAUAUAUAGUGUCAAAAUGCCUGAAGGGCGACCUGAUUCAAGGCAGAACCGUUAUCCUGGUGACCCACAAUGUUGCCCUCACAAGCCCGAUUGCCGGCUUUGUGGUCUCUCUCGGUCUCGAUGGCCGUAUUCUUAGUCGAGGCUCUGUCUCCGAUGCCCUGGCGAAUGACGAAGCGUUAGCCAAGGAAGUCCGCGAAGAAGAAGAGCAGCUCGCCGCCGCUGAUAAGGAGAUCGACUCUCAAGUCGUCGCAACGGAGGACUUGGCGAAGAAAGACAAGGGGAAAUUGAUUGUCGCUGAAGAACUUGCGAUUGGCCAUGUUAGCUGGUCUGCACUCUCGCUGUACCUUCGCGGGAUGUCAGGCUCGCACCAGUUCUUCUUCUGGUCCGUAUUGGCGGUCUUGAUAAUUGCUGGCGAAGUCGGCGUAACGCUCCAAACGUGGUAUUUAGGAUUCUGGGCAAGCCAGUAUGGUGAAGGCGUCGUCGUGCCGGUGUUCAAGUACCUGGGUGGCUUCGGCAUCAUCUUGGCCGUCAGCUUUAUUCUCUUCGCGAUCACCUACGUCUUCUAUGUCCUUGGCUCCUUCCGUGCCUCAAGAAGCCUCCACAAACAACUUAUAGACUCGAUUCUUGGAACAACUCUACGAUGGCUUGACACAACGCCAGUGUCCCGCAUCAUCGCUCGGUGUACCGUUGAUAUUGGAGCUGUGGACAACUUCUUAGCCGAAGCACUUCGGGCUGUCUUGACCAUUUCCGUCGCAAUGCUCACCAAAUUUGCGGCUGUUGUUUUCUUCGCACCCGUUUUCUUCAUUGGUGGCUUAUUGGUUGGCGUUAUCGGCAUGGUAACUGGAAGAAUAUACAUGGCUUCGCAGCUCUCUGUCAAGCGUGAGCAAAGCAACGCUCGAGCCCCUGUCCUCGCUCACUUUGGUGCGACCAUGUCUGGCCUUGUGUCCGUCCGCGCAUAUGGCGCUCAGGAUGCUCUAAUUGGCAUCUCUCAAGAACGCAUCGAUCGGCUUACUCGGGCGACACGGACCUUCAUGAACUUGAAUCGAUGGGUAACGGUGCGAAUCGAUGUGCUUGGUGGGCUUUUCGCGUCAUCACUUGCCUACUAUGUCGUAUAUCUCACCCAUGAGCGGGCAUUCAACGUUGGUUUCAGCUUGAACAUGGCCCUUGGUUUUGCGGAGUUGAUUUUGUACCUCGUCCGUUUGCUCAACAUGUUUGAGGUCCAAGGCAACAGUGUGGAGCGAAUUCAACAAUACCUGAAUAUCGAGCAGGAGCCUAGGCCGACAGCUUCCGGUGUACCCCCGGCUUACUGGCCAGCAAGCGGGAAUUUGACUGUCGAAAAUCUGAAAGCCAAGUAUUCGCCCGAUGGCGAGGAAGUUUUACAUAGUCUAUCGUUCGAGAUCAAGUCGGGAGAAAGAGUUGGAGUCGUUGGUCGCACCGGCUCUGGCAAGAGUUCCCUCACGCUCGCUCUCCUCCGCUGCAUUCUCACCGAAGGAAACGUAAUAUACGACGGAAUCCCCACCUCCAAGCUCAACUUGGAUGCUCUUCGCUCGGCAAUUACCAUCAUCCCUCAAGUGCCAGAACUGCUAGUCGGGUCUUUACGCUCGAACUUGGACAUCUUCAACCAAUUUGACGACGCGACGUUGAACUCGGCGCUCCGGGCCGCUGGAUUGGCAUCACUGCAAGCUGAAAUGGAAGCGGAUAACGAAGGACGGUUGACUUUGGAUACGGAAAUCGCUGCUGGAGGUGCAAACCUAUCGGUCGGUCAGAGGCAAAUCAUCGCUUUGGCACGGGCAAUCGUUCGCGGAAGCAAACUGCUCAUCCUGGAUGAAGCGACCUCUGCAAUCGACUACAAAACGGACGCUGUCAUUCAGACGUCGCUGCGGACAGAACUUCCUCCAGACACGACACUGUUAACUGUUGCGCACCGAUUACAAACAAUUAUGGAUGCAGACAAAAUUAUGGUACUUGAUGCUGGUCAAAUUGCCGAGUUCGACAGCCCAAGAGUCUUAUUGGAGAAGGAGGGUGGGCUACUCAAGGCUCUCGUCGACGAGUCUGGGGAUCGAGACGCUUUGUACGACAUGGCAAAGAAAUAG